AUGAAUUAUGAUCAAACAGAAAUAUAUGAAUUUUGGGGAUAUAUAAAUAGCAACUCUUAUGAAAUAACAAUUCCUAAAACAGUAGAAAUUAUUCAUGUAAGUGCAUUUGAAAAUUCAGCACUUAACAAAAUAAAUUUUGAAUUAUUUUCACAGCUCUUUAUAAUUGAAGAUAAUGCUUUUAGAAAUUGCUCAGAGUUAUAUUCAUUUAAUUCUCAUUUGGGAAAUUUAACCAAAUUAGGAUUUUCGGCAUUUAAAGAUUGCAAAAAAUUGAUGUCGAUGAGUUUCGGGUCUCCGUAUUUAUUUGUCAAGAGUAAUGCAUUUGAAAAUUGCAAUAACUUGGUAAACUUAGUCAAUAUAACUAAUGUACCAGAGAAAUGUUUUUCUGGAUGUACAAAGUUGUCAAAAAUUUCAAUUAUGGAAGGAGCAUCAUAUAUUGGAGUAAGAUCAUUUGAGAAUUGUAUUUCAUUAGAGAAUAUUAUUAUUCCAUCAUCUGUUGAACAGAUUUCAGAAUAUGCAUUUAUUAAUUGCAACAAUCUUAAAUCGAUGGCGUUUUCAGAAACAAAUUCUCUAUCAAAUAUAUCAAUCAAUUCUAUUUCAGGAUGUGAAUCUCUUAAAAACAUCAGUAAUUUCAUAUCAAAUAAUAAUAAAUACAAAUGUAUUGAUAAUACUCUUUAUUAUCAAAAUGAUACUAAACUCGAUCUUAUUUAUCAUUUAAGCAAAUCAAUUGAUGAUGUUCUAAUUAUCAAUUGUGAUGCUAUCUGUCAAUAUUCAUUCAAUCACAGCAACAACAUUGUCAACAUCAGUCUUUCAUCAGAUAGUGUUUCACAUAUUGAAUCAUAUUCAUUCAAUGAUUGCAAGAACUUAAAAUACAUUAACUUUCCUCUCUCAGUUGAAAGUGUUUCGGCAUUUGCAUUCCAUGAGUGCAAUUCUAUUCGAUGUCCUCUUUUAAUAGAGAACACAACUAUUGAAUAUCUUCGAAUGAUUAAUGAAUCUGGGAUUCCUCUUACACUUAUUAUUUCAUGUCGAGUUGUUCAUGGAAGUAACAAAUUUCAAGUUAUCAAACAAUUAUAUAAUAAGACACAAGGGAUUUUCUGGCGACAUCUUUCUAGAUAA